AUGCCAACAUAUCCGGGAUCCUGUUACUGCCGCAACAUAACCUAUGAUCUCUCCCUCGCCUCCCCCGAUGACGCCCGCACAUCGCUCUGCCAUUGCAGCAGUUGCAGGAAAGCAUUCGGCACCAACUACGGUCUAACGGCCAAGGUCCCCAAGGACUCCAUCACCCUCAAAUCCGGCAAACCGAAGGAGUUUGUCGGCGACAAUGGUUCGGGGUCGACCAUCCACCGGGAAUUUUGCGGAGACUGUGGAAGCUUCAUAUUGGAAUACGGCGAUGCCGUGAAAAAUGAUUUCCGUUAUAUCUGCGUGGGCACCUUGGAUGAUCCCGAGGUUUUGCCGCCCAAGGGGGAGUUCUUCUGUGAGAGCCGGUCGAGCUGGAUGCCGGAAAUUCCUAAUGUGUUUCACAAGAAGCAAAUCAAGGAGUAA